AUCUGUUUUCCUCUUGAUGCAUUCAGGUGUCGUCAGUUCUCUGACUGCAGCUUCGAACAGAUUGAAUCUCCUUUAAGCUCCGCCCACUGCAGACAAACAUCAUGACCUCCUCAUCACCAGCUCUGUCUUCAUCUUCAUCAUCAUCAUCUACCUCAGGGACUCAGCUCCUCUCCUCUUCCUCGUCUCCUCUUCGUCCUCAUCUGUCUCUGCAGAGUCCAGAGCUACAGGCCGAGUUUCUGCGAGAGUGUCAGAGCAGAUUCCAGUUCAACAGGGACGUCGGUGAAUCCAGUGAAACACACUCCCCCUCCCCCGUCACCCCCUCCUCACCUCUGCCGUCCCCCUUCAGCCCUGCACCCACCUCCUCCCCCGGCAGCUCCUCGUCCUCCUCGUCCUCCUCUCCCUGCUUCGACAACAGACGAGCUCGUCUGUCUCUGUCUCUGUCCAGCCCCGAGCUCCUGUCAGAGCUGAAGCACUCGAGGACUCGUUCCCUCCGACAUGUCCCCGCGCACAAAGGACUGACCACCGUCUUCUCUGGACGAGGACGGGGUCGAGGAGGAGGAGGAGGACAGGUGAGCAAACACAAACAGGUGUCUGGCCCCGCCUCCUCCACUCGACAAACCAAUCAGAAGACCUCCCACUGAUCUCUCAGCAGAUCCUGAACAUGGACUGACUCAGUCUGCUCUCUCUCUGCGUCACAAACACUAACCCGGACAUUCAGACCUCUUCAGACCCUCUUUUCUUCUCCCUGAGCUCAUGAACAGUUUGUAAUGAUCAACUUAUUUUAAACUGUGAAGAGUUAAGAAGUCAUUAACGUCAUGUAUGUGAAUAAAGAUGUAACAGUAGUGGAA